AUGGUCAUGCAGACGCUCUCGCGCGCCCUCAUGGGCCUCGCGCUGCUUAACGGAGUCGCACAGGGAUUCAACGUCUACGUGAGCAACAAGUGCGAUGAGAGCAUGACGCUGGCUCACUUGACGCCCAACGGCGUGCAGACCGAGCAGGUGGCGGCCGGAGGCUCCACCACCAAGUCCAUCGCGCCCGGUUCGGCUUCGCACGUGUUCAAGUGGGGCACCGGCGCCCAGGCUACUUUGGCCGAAUUCUCGGGUGAAAUGGGCAUGUGUUGGUACGACAUCAGCUGCAUCCCUACCGGUCCCAAGAGUGGCGUAACCCGAGUACUGCUCUAG